GCGCAUGCGCUCCGGUGCACUUUCCCCACGCUGGUUCCGCGAGCCUGGCCUUCAGCGUCUUGUGUUUGGGUGCGAUCUGGAGUGUGGCUACCGCCACGAUGGGCAAAACUGUUGACUCCCGGGGUUCGGGGGCCCGACCCGACCCAGUGCGGAGCUUCAAUCGCUGGAAGAAAAAACACAGGCACAGGCAGAGCCAAAAGAAACAGUUGAGGAAGCAACUGAAGAAACCCGAGUGGCAAGUGGAGCGCGAGGGUAUCAGCCGCCUCAUGCAGAACUAUGAGAAGAUAAAUGUGAAUGAAAUUACAAGAUUUUCAGAUUUCCCCUUGUCCAAAAAAACAUUGAAAGGUUUGCAAGAAGCCCAGUACCGUUUGGUAACUGAGAUACAGAAGCAGACCAUAGGAUUGGCUUUGCAGGGUAAAGAUGUACUUGGAGCUGCCAAAACUGGAUCUGGCAAGACUUUGGCUUUCCUUGUUCCAGUGUUGGAAGCCUUAUAUCGUCUGCAGUGGACCUCAACAGAUGGCCUGGGAGUUCUGAUAAUAUCACCUACGAGAGAACUAGCCUAUCAGACCUUUGAAGUUCUCCGAAAAGUAGGAAAAAAUCAUGACUUUUCAGCUGCUCUCAUCAUUGGUGGAAAGGAUCUGAAACAUGAGGCUGAGAGGAUCAACAACAUAAAUAUACUCGUGUGCACACCAGGUCGGCUUCUUCAACACAUGGAUGAAACAAUAUCUUUUCAUGCUACUAAUCUCCAAAUGUUAGAUUCCACAAGCACCCCUGCCACUUUGGAACAGAACUACAUAGUUUGUGAGCUGCAGCAAAAAGUAAGUGUGCUCUAUUCCUUUUUGAGAAGCCAUCUGAAGAAGAAGAGUAUUGUAUUUUUCUCCAGUUGCAAAGAGGUUCAGUAUCUGUACCGUGUUUUCUGCCGGCUGCGUCCUGGUAUUUCUAUCCUUGCCCUCCAUGGUCGACAGCAGCAGAUGAGAAGAAUGGAAGUCUAUAAUGAAUUUGUCCGUAAGAGAGCUGCAGUGCUCUUUGCUACUGAUAUUGCAGCCAGGGGACUGGAUUUCCCAGCUGUGAAUUGGGUUCUUCAGUUUGAUUGUCCAGAGGAUGCCAACACGUAUAUUCACAGAGCAGGUAGAACUGCCAGGUACAAAGAGGAUGGUGAAGCUUUAUUAAUUUUGCUUCCUUCAGAAGAAAAAGCUAUGCUGCAGCAGCUUCUUCAGAAGAAAGUGCCUGUGAAGGAAAUCAAAAUCAAUCCAGAAAAACUUAUAGAUGUUCAGAAAAAAUUGGAAUCCUUUUUAGCCCAAGAUCAAGAUUUAAAAGAAAGAGCUCAAAGGUGUUUUGUCUCCUACAUACGUUCGGUAUAUCUGAUGAAGGAUAAAGAAGUAUUUGAUGUGAGCAAGCUACCUAUACCUGAAUAUGCCCUGUCUCUUGGUCUUGCUGUGGCACCACGGGUAAGAUUUCUUCAGAAAGUACAGAAACAACAACCCACCAAAGAAUUGGUAAUGAGCCAAGCCAAUAAAGUUAUUGAGCCAAGGGCUCCCUCCCUCACCAAUGAUGAAGUGGAAGAAUUUAGAGCCUACUUCAAUGAGAAAAUGUCCAUCCUUCAGAAAGGUGGAAAAAGGCUGGAAGGGACAGAGUGCAGACUAGCUAAUAGUAUUAGUGAGGAAGAAGAUGAAGAAAUAGAAGAGAAACCGGGAAAAGCAAAGGGGUCUCAAACUCAAUCUGUUCGUAACACUGAGGCACAGAAGAUCGAGGAAGUUCCUAUGCAGUUCUUGGACAGAGAUGAGGAGGAAGAAGAUGCUGAUUUCUUUAAAGUUAAGCGUCACAAUGUGUUUGGGUUGGACCUUAAAGAGAAUAAAGCAUUACAGAAGAAAGAACCUUCUAAAUCCAGUGUCAAGAAAAAAGUGACCAGAGUUGCAGAAGCAAAAAAAGUAAUGAAGAGAAAUUUCAAAGUGAAUAAGAAAAUAACAUUUACUGAUGAAGGGGAGUUGGUUCAGCAGUGGCCACAAAUGCAGAGAUCUGUCACAAAGGAUAAUGAGGAAGAAGAUGACACUGGUGGUAUCAACUUAGAUAAAGCAAAAGAGAGACUACAGGAAGAGGACAAAUUUGACAAAGAAGAAUACAGGAAGAAAAUUAAGGCAAAGCAUCGGGAGAAAAGACUGAAAGAAAGGGAAGCCAGAAGAGAAGCAAACAAGAGACAAGCAAAGGCCAAAGAUGAAGAGGAAGCUUUUCUGGAUUGGAGUGAUGAUGAUGAUGAUGGGUUUGAUCCAAGCACACUUCCAGAUCCAGAUAAGUACAGAAGCUCUGAAGAAUCAGAUGGUGAAGAUAUGGAAAAUAAAAUUAGUGAUACCAAGAAGCAGCAGGGAAUGAGGAAGAGAAACAACAGUGAAGUGGAAGUCGUGGGACCAACAAGGCGUAACAGGAAGAAGGCCAAGUGGGACACGUUAGAGCCUUUGGAUACGGGCCUGUCUUUAGCGGAGGAUGAAGAGCUGGUGUUACAUCUGCUCAGAAAUCAGAGCUAGAUGCUUCCUGUGCCCGCCUUCUCUUUGAUACCUCUGGUCAUCAUUUUGUGGGCAAGAAGUUGAAAAACAAUUGAUUUUGGGAUGCUUAGGUACCAUGUGUCCCAUUCCCAAAGGGCACAUUCUCCAGACAGAAGCGAUCAUGCCUCUAAGCCCCUCUCACGGGACGGGCUUUGUGCCGUCACAGAGCAUACUCAAGAGUGAGGGUGGAUUAUACAAUUUCUUGAACACAAUUUCCAGCAUGUGCUCUGUUAGAUUUUGUCGGUGGCUUUCUAUGCCUUGUCAUUAGAAAUGCUUCCUUUGUUUUACUGGCAAGUUCUGGAGCUCUUGGUUCAUUGUUAGAAAUUCCUGUCUUGCAUACUAUACAGAAGUUUCUAUAUUAUUGUUAAACAAAAUUGCUCCUAUUUUGAUGUAUAUAAUAUUUGCAAAGAGAGUAUGAUGGACCAGCCCUGAGAAUGAGUAUUUUUGCAUUGAGAUGAUCAAUAAUAAAUAUAUUUCCUAUAA